AUGGCUGCCGGGGUGGCGACAUGGCUCCCCUUCGCCCGGGCGGCGGCGGUGGGAUGGCUCCCGCUGGCCAAGAAGACCAUGCCCAAGCCGCCUGUGGACAAGAAGAGCCGCAACGACGAGAUCCUCUUCGUCAACGUGAGCGGGCUGCGCUUCCAGACAUGGAAGAACACCCUGGACCGCUACCCCGACACCCUGCUGGGCAGCUCGGAGAAGGAGUUCUUCUACAACGAGGACACCCAGGAGUAUUUCUUCGACCGGGACCCGGAGAUGUUCCGCCACAUACUGAACUUUUACCGAACGGGCAAGCUGCACUACCCCCGGCACGAGUGCAUCCAGGCCUUCGACGAGGAGCUGGCCUUCUACGGCAUCGUGCCGGAGAUCAUCGGCGACUGCUGCAUGGAAGAGUACCGCGACCGCAAGAAGGAGAACCAGGAGCGGCUGGCGGAGGACACGGAGGCGGAAAUGGCCACCGACACCCCCCUGCCCCCGGACAGCACCUCGCGCGAGCGCUUGUGGAGGGCCUUUGAGAACCCCCACACCAGCACCAUGGCCCUGGUCUUCUACUACGUCACUGGCUUCUUCAUCGCCGUCUCGGUCAUCGCCAACGUGGUGGAGACGGUCCCGUGUCGGCCCCUCCCGGGGACGGUGAAGGACCUGCCCUGCGGGGAGAAGUACUCCCUGGCCUUCUUCUGCAUGGACACGGCCUGCGUGCUCAUCUUCACCUUCGAGUACCUGAUGAGGCUGUUUGCCGCGCCCAGCCGCUGCAAGUUCAUGCGCUCGGUGAUGAGCGUGAUCGACGUGGUGGCCAUCAUGCCGUACUACAUCGGCCUGGUCAUGCCGGAGAACGAGGACGUGAGCGGGGCCUUCGUCACCCUGCGCGUCUUUCGGGUCUUCCGCAUCUUCAAGUUCUCGCGCCAUUCGCAGGGGCUGAGGAUCCUGGGCUACACGCUGAAGAGCUGCGCCUCGGAGCUGGGCUUCCUGCUCUUCUCCCUCACCAUGGCCAUCAUCAUCUUCGCCACCGUCAUGUUCUACGCCGAGAAAGGCACCAAGGGCACCAACUUCACCAGCAUUCCCGCCUCCUUCUGGUACACUAUCGUCACCAUGACAACGCUGGGAUAUGGAGAUAUGGUGCCCAACACCAUCGCCGGAAAGAUCUUCGGCUCAAUCUGCUCCCUCAGCGGGGUGCUGGUGAUCGCCCUCCCUGUGCCCGUCAUCGUCUCCAACUUCAGCCGCAUCUACCACCAGAACCAGCGGGCCGACAAGAUGAGAGCGCAACAGAAAGUCAGGCUCGCAAGGAUCCGAUUGGCUAAGAAGGGGACCACUAACGCCUUCCUGCAGUACAAAGAGGAUGGGGGAUUGCAGAACCGAUUUUCAACCAGUGAUGACAGCACAGCUCUUUGUGUAAAGAACAGGUCUUCCUUUGAGCAUCAACACCAUCAUCUGUUACACUGCCUGGAGAAAACAACCAACCACGAGUUCACGGACGAGCUGACCUACAGCGAGAUGUGCAUGACGGAGUCGGUGGGCUAUCGCACCAGCCGCAGCACCUCCCUCUCCAGCCAGCAGGGCCUCUCCACCUCCUGCUGCCCCCGGAGGGCCAAGAGGAGAGCCAUCCGCCUGGCCAACUCCACCGUGUCCGUCAGCAGGGGGAGCGUGCAGGAACUGGACACUUUGCACAUCCAGAAAUCCUCUGUCGGCGCCCAGAGCCGCUCCAGUCUAAACGCCAGGACUGAAGACCUCAAGCUGAACUGUGAUGACAGAGACUUCACCGCCGCCAUCAUCAGCAUCCCCACCCCUCCAGCAAACACUCCGGACGAGAGCCUCCCUCCCUCUCCCGCCAUCCCCGGCAUCCUCCGCAACUCCCGCUCCAGCACCUACAUCCAGGAAACCGUCAAGAUCUCCUCUUUAUAACCCCCCCAAGCACAGAGCCCAGCGCUACAGAACUCAACGGAGAACAUUUCCAUUCUGGUAACUUCUUACCCCCCCCCCCAAAAAAAAAACAAAAAACAAAAACAACAACAACAACAAAAAAGCGAAGUUACUGAGUUAUGUUAUCAUAACUGAGGAGUAGCUAAAAGUGAAUUGAAGAAAAGGAAUAGUUCAUAUUUUCUCCAACAUAUUCUGGAGAAAUUUUGUUUUUGUUUUUUGACAGGGGUGGAGAAACAAGUAAAGACAAUAUUUAAAUAAUAUGGAAGACUAUUACAGAGGGACAAUGAGGGCGAGAGAUACAAGAGGGUUUUCCUCUGUUGGGAAAGACUGGCACAAAAAAGACUAUAAAUGGAUUUAAAUGCGACAAGAAUCGGCAGGCCAUGUUUUGGACUUGGACUAGAGACGCACAACGACGAGACGGUCAGAACGAGCACCGGUUAUUUUUCUUUCAACAAAAGAAAUUCUCGAUCUCGGAGACCUAUCACUUUUCAAGAUAUGCAAAAUUAGGAACACAAGCAGGAGAAAGUAAAUAUACACUGUACGUGUCCGUGUAUAUGUACGCAUACAUAUAUACAACUGUAAUGAACAGGGAGCAAAGACACAGACAUAUUAUAAAUACAACUACUAUGUUAAUACAUAAACACAAAUUUACCAAGAAAAAUAUGACUGCUGUAUUCUGCAAUAGAUUUAGUCACUCUAAGGAUCUAAAAAAAAAAAAAAAAAGGGGAAACUAGUUGGAGGUACAUAUGUAACAUAUUUUGUAUCAUACUUCUCUGAAUCACGUGCAUCUUCCGACUCUACCAAAAAAAAGAAGACUGUCGGUCCUGAGUGACAGUGCAUGCUGCUGUCCAGGGCAGACCUCACCUCCCUCUGCAUGGUACCGUAUUCUUUUUCCUGGGUUCCUUUCUUUUCUUUCCUCCCAAUAUCAGUGACCUUUAAAAAAAAUAAAUAAAUAAAAAGUGAUUCACCGGACAUGUACAUUAGGAGAAAAAAAAAACAACAACUAGGUAAACGAAUAAAAAAAGAGACUUUCAGGCAUGUUCCUCGCGAGAAUGGACGCUGGAUGAGUGAGUGCGUGUGUGUGUGUGUGUGUGUGUGUGUGUGUGUCUGGCUGGGAGGAAUUGCGUUAUUUGAUCACAAAUAUGCAUGGAUACCGUUGUAGGUAUUUUAAGUGUUUUUCUCCUUGUUAGAAACUUAAAUAUAGGAGGGAUCUAGCAGCGAUGGAUAUCCUGAGAGACAGAGAGCCCGUGGCUUAGCACACAGUAACAAUGCGGGUGCACUAAUAAUGAGUUGGCACACUGUGGAACACUGUGUUGGGUCCACAGUGAAGGCUGUUGAAUGAACCAAUCAUCCGACUCUCAUUUUAAGUUCGGCAAUGUUCUGAUAUCAUGUUCCAGGCUGACCAAUGGCGAGGCUGUAUGUCACCUUUUCCAUAAUACUUCAACUUGAGGAUGAUGCAUUAAACAUUAUAACAUGA